UAAAUAGUACGUCAACCUGAUGAUACUCGAUACCAUAUCGCCGUUUUGUUUUAACUUUCCGGGAAAUCUCAUUUCUCUGGAGAAUGAUAGGCUCAGGUGUAAAAUGUACAACAAUAAAUCAACGUUAGGCGGUUCUUGUCUUUAAUCAAGGAACAUUAAUAUGGAAAUAUUCAAAGAUUUAAUAUAGCAAUAUCUGGAAAAGUUUAUUUAAGCAUAAAAUUGUUGCGACCUAGUUGCUAUGGUAGAUGAACGCGGUUGCUAGGCAACGCAUCUUCAAUUUCAUUGCACUGAUUGGAUGGCAUCACAAAGUGCAUCUUGCCUAAGAGCCGUGUGUACAUGAUACAUCUUUUAACUCCUCUUGCAAUUGAAGAGCACUAUAUAAGUUGGACUUUGCGAAUGCGAGAUCACAUUUCUUAGAGAAGGCAACAAUAAAUUGUGAACUUUGUGAGCAAGGUAUUACUGGGCCCAAAACUCGUGAGUAAAGCAAAAAACGUCUUAUUAGGUUUAUUUGUCGCAAAUUGGCAAAUUAAUUCUAGAUUAUUAAAAUACAUUGGUCUCACUGACCUCGGACGUACAGGAACGCAAGCCAAAUCAGAUGUUCUCAGUUUACAAUUAGAUUCCAAUGAACAAAGUAAAAAAUUACAGCGAGAAAAAUAUGACGAGAAAAAGUCAUGACAUUGAUGCGUAUUCAGUGUAGGAUCCAUUCAACAACUACAUCUAAGAUGAAUCUUAGAGAAGCACAUACUUCUGGGAGAUCAAAUUAUAAACGGACUGUACGAGGGCCUUACUAUAUUUCACAUGCAUGGUUUGCUAUAGGAUUUAUCACAUUCGCAACAUUCUUUGACCAGGGGACAUGCAGUGCUGAUGUAUUUGUCUGUCCCUUGGGGAAGUUCUCGUGUGGCAACCAAUCUGUCUGUUUAGACCAGAAUCGAUGGUGCGACGGAAAGAGCGACUGCGACGCUGGUUAUGAUGAAAUUCACGAAAACUGCCAAUUCACUGGAGGUACAUAUGACACAAUUGUGAAGAUUUUCGGGAAUGAUACCAUAAGAACAAUAAAUCAGUCUUGCCAUUUCUCGAAUUACCCAUCAUUGUGCGAAUGUAAAGAGGCUGUAAUAAGCUGCAAAGAAAAGGGAUUCACAAGAUUACCGGUUGAUCUUCCGAGUAAUUUGACAAGGCUGAUCUUCAAAGGUAACUUGCUUAAAGAGAUACGUUCACAUGCAUUCCAACGGUUUUCCCGAAUGACAGUUUUGCAUCUUGGAGGAAAUAAGAUAGAGCGCAUUGAUAAUGGUGGUUUUUAUGGUUUAGACAGAUUAGAGAAAUUAUUCUUACAAGGGAAUAAUCUAACAACCAUAGAAACUGGAACCAUAGGAAGGCUUCACAAACUAGAAUGGUUAUGGCUGAGUGAGAAUAAACUGCAGAGUAUUGCAAUGGAUGAGUUUAAAUAUACAAAUCUGAUAACAAUCAAUCUAAAAUGGAACAAACUCACUCAAGUAGAGACAAUGGUUGGUCCAGCGAAUGGAAAUCUAGCUGUCUUGUUCCUAGACAACAACAAAAUCCAGCGUCUUUACAGCACACAAUUUAGAAGCAUGCAGAAUCUCCAAACAUUAACAUUGUCAUAUAAUGACAUAAGCUAUAUCGCCGAAGAUGCCUUCAAGAACCUUCCUUCCCUGACAGAUUUAGAUUUGGCCUGGAAUAAACUGACACGACUUCAUCGUAAGGUUUUUGAGCCACUUACAGAGUUGCAGCUGCUAGACUUAUCAGGCAAUCCAAUCAUUCUACAAGUGAAUGGAUUCUCAGGUCUUCAGAAGUUAGAAGUACUGAAGUUAGGAGCAAUCUCAAUUGAUAACAUUCAAAUAAAGAUGUUUUCAUCUUUACAGAGCUUAAAAUUCAUAGAGUUCAAAGACUUUCACUACUGUAGUUACGCUCCUCAUGUUCGGAGUUGUGAUCCCAAGGGAGACGGGAUAUCCUCAUUCAACAAUCUCUUGGACAAUCCUGUCCUUAGGAUCAGCAUUUGGAUUGUGGCUUGCUUUACAUGUGCUGGCAAUCUGGCUGUGCUCAUCUCCAGAACGCUCAUAAAGACAGAUCUGAAUCUUCAUUCUAUAGUAAUCAGGAAUUUAUGUGCUGCCGACUUACUAAUGGGCAUAUACUUAGUAAUAGUAGCUGCUCAAGACGUCAGGUUCCGCGAGACCUACAACUCGCACGCAUAUGAAUGGAUGUCUAGCCAUCUUUGCCAAGUUACAGGAGUACUUGCAAUGAUAUCUUGUGAAGUUUCUAUACUCAUUCUCGUGUUUAUGUCCGUAGAACGUUACGCUACAAUAUCAUUUCCAUACAGGACUUUCCGUAUGUCUUCAAAGCUAGCAUGGAUCAUUCUAUGCUCGCUAUGGGUGACUGGGCUUCUCAUUGGAAUCAUUCCUCUGACUUCAGAAAAUGCAUUUGGGAAGUUUUAUGGCAGUAAUGGAGUUUGUUUCCCGCUUCAUAUACACGAUCCAUAUCUCAAAGGAUGGGAGUAUUCCGCUUUUAUAUUCAUUGUAUUGAACUUUACCAGCGUUGCGGUGAUAGUGUUCUGUUACGUCGCUAUGCUGUGUAGUAUUUAUAAAACUCAGCGUCUUACUGAAUCAACGUGUGCACAGGAGAGGUCGUUCGCGAAAAGAAUUCUCGUUAUCAUCCUCUCAGACCUUAUGUGCUGGGUCCCUCUCAUCACAAUAAAGCUCAUGGCAUUUGGUAGCAUUAGGAUAUCAGAUAGCAUGUAUGCCUGGUUGGCCAUCUUCAUAUUACCAAUAAACAGUGCCAUCAACCCUAUUCUCUACACAUUGACCAUAGUCUCGUUCAGACGAAAGUUCCUCCAAUUUUGGAGAAGAAAAUAUAGGAGUGGAAAGACCAAACACUGCUCAAGGUUCCAAAUGGGUCGUCUAGGUUCCAGCAGCCUAUCUUCAGCGACAAACACAUUCAAUUUGCCUGGUGACAUAUCCCCACCUACCUUCCGAACUCAACUUAACCCGUCAAUUUCAUCAGAAGACGAGUCAGCUGAAAACAUUGGGAAGUUACAAAACUUAUUGGCAGAAUCUAACGACCAGGAACAUACAGUAUGAAGCAGAUAUAUAUGCCAGGCGGAUAAGUGUACCUAGUUCUGACUGUUACAUGAGAAAUGAAAAAGAUUUGCGCAAGUCCUGGACUAAAAUCAAUCGAUGAUAUAUUGUAAUUCUUAUUUAUUUAUCCUUUAUAACUAAGAUGUGUGUGUUAUAUGUUAUUUUAAAUGAAUGUUUAUGUGUAGUUCCAUUUAUGUGUACUUGUAGUUCCAUUUCACGUUGUACGCACAUUGAGGAAAUUUUCCUUAUUUGCCAUUUUUUCAUAAUUUUUAUUCUUAUUUAGUUAUCCUUUAUAUAUUAGGAAGUGUGUUUUAUUUGUUAUUUAACGUGAAUGUCUAUGUACGUAGUUCCAUUUAUGUGUAGCACCAUUUUCAUGUUGUAGCAUAUGAGACCACGGCCAUUUAGGUAAUUUUCCUUACUAAUCAUAUUUCCUUAUUUUUAUUCUUAUUUAUUUAUCCUUUAUAAUUAAGAAGCGUGUUCUAUAUGUUAUUUAACGUGAUUGUUGAUGUGCAGUCCAAUUCAUGUGUUGUACCAUUUUUAUGUAGUACCAUACGAGACUACGACCAUUUAGGUAACUUUCCUUAAUAAUCAUAUUUCAUCAUUUUAUUCUUAUUUAUUUAUCCUUUAUGAUUAAGAAGUGUGCGUAAUAUGCUAUCCAAGCUGAAUGUUUACGUAUAGUUCCAUUUACGUGUAGUACCAUUUAGUGCCAAACAAGACUACGGACAUUUAGAUAAUUUUCCUUCAUGAAAUCUUGAUAAUUACAGAAUUAGGAAUGAUUUAUUCAAAUCAUUGCUCCAAUACAAAUAAAAAUCAUUACUUUCGGUUAAUUCCAGUUUACGAUAAUGCUAAUAAUACACUAAAUGUAUUACAGUUAAAGUGCAAUGUCAGUACAGAACAGUAUAGCACACAGUAAAACCUGUCGAAGUGGAACAUCUUUGGUACCUCUAAAAAGUGUUCCACUCGAGAGGUGUUCCACUUAUAGAGG